AUGCAGAAUCCCCAUGAACAAACCCAUAACACGCUUUUAGCGAGAAUUAUCAAUAAUAUGGAACACUUGAACGAAUCUAUUGUUGAUAUGAAUAAGAUGAUACAUCAAGCAAAUAAGAAUAAUUUAGAUAAUGAGAUGUUGGCCAAUAUGUGGGAAAGUUAUGUGAGGAACGCAGAGUACAAUUUACAAGCUACAGGAAGUCGGCAGGAAAAUUUAAAUGAGGGUGGUGAUGAGCCUAAGACCGAGGAGCAGGGGAAAAGAACCUAA